AUGACUAUCGAUGAGAAGCUCCCGCUGAUAGAUCCCAUCUGGCCUACCCGUAAGACAGACGCGCUGUCGCAAAUGGGUGAAUUCUUGGACUCAAGCAAGUUCCGCAACGAGAGCAUCACUCGAUUAGCUGGUGCUGUACAGAUUCCUAGCGAAUCUUACGAUGACUUGGGCAAAAUUGGUGAAGACAAACGGUGGGAUACUAUGUACGAUGUUGCCGCGUAUCUAGAAAAGACAUUCCCUCUUGUUCACAGCAAGCUCCAGCUGGACAAGAUCAACACCCACGGCUUGCUUUUUACUUGGAAAGGAUCAGACGAGUCUCUUAAGCCCACUGUCCUGAUGGCUCACCAGGACGUGGUGCCUGUCGCAAAAGCUACCAUCAGCCAAUGGACGCAUCCACCAUACAGCGGCGCUUUCGACGGCAAAUACAUUUGGGGUAGAGGCUCCUCCGACUGCAAAAAUACCCUUGUCGGCAUACUAGAAGCUGUAGAGCUACUGGUCGAGGCUGGAUUCGAGCCAAAGCGCACCGUGAUUCUUUCGUUUGGCUUCGAUGAAGAAAGUUCUGGUAAACAGGGCGCUGGGCAUCUAUCAUCAGUGCUUCAAGAACGCUACGGCAACAACGGUGUUGGUUUGAUUGUUGAUGAAGGUGCCGGGGUCUCUCCUGCGUGGGGCACUUUCUUUGCUACUCCGGCUGUCACUGAGAAAGGCUACAUUGACGUCGAGGUAACCGUACGGAUGCCUGGUGGCCAUUCCUCGAUCCCGCCUCCGCACAAUGGCAUCGGCGUGAUGUCAGAGUUCAUCACUGUCGUUGAGAACAACCGCCAUAAGCCCUAUCUUGCACCUGAGAACCCAUUCCUGGAGCUGCUACAAUGUGGUGCUGUUCACGCUCCAGAUUUCCCAUCAAAAUGGAAGAGUCUCCUGCCGUCCAAAGGCAAGGAGAACCCUCACAAAGUUGCGAAAUUGGCCGAAGAGGUGGCCGAGUCUAGUGACUUUUUUAAGUACCUCUUCACUACUUCCCAGGCUGUCGACAUCAUUGGAGGAGGGGUAAAAGCCAAUGCUCUUCCGGAACGAACGACAGCUCUCAUUAAUCACCGUGUCAAUAUCGGCGAACGCGUAGAUGACGUCAAGGAGCAUUUGACAAAGCUGGCAUCUCAAGUCACGAAAAAGUACAACCUCACCUUGCAUGCUUUCGAUGGAGAAAGCGAGACUCCUUCAUCUCUCACUCUCAGCAACCCAAAGGGUGAACUCGAGCCUGCACCUUUGACGCCAACUGAGAUUGAUGCAUUGACACCUUACGUGGUUAUUUCAGGUACCACUCGUGCUUUGUAUGGAGAGAAGCUCAACGUUGCACCAGCGCUUAUGACUGGAAAUACUGAUACGCGAUACUAUUGGAACCUGACCAAGCAUGUGUUUCGAUACAUGCCCGGUUGGGAUCCUGAGGACGAUGCUGGUCUGGGAAAUAUACACACUGUCGAUGAGAAGAUCAGCGUUACGAAUCACAUCAACGUGGUCAAAUGGUACAAUCUUUUCCUUCAGAACAUUGAUGAGGCUGAGCUUCCCUAA